AUGGACUCACUUUACGUCAGGACACUAUUGCGGAUACGAGCAGUGGCAGCGGACUGGGCGGGGAUCCCGGAGGAGGAGGCACUGGAGGUGGUGGUGAAGAGCCGAAAAGGCCACCCCGUGAAUGAGGAUGACCUUAAGAGGCUCGCCCUGCCACGCCCCACCCCUCCCUCCCUCGCCCAGAUUCACUGCCUGCAGCACCUGGUGCAGGCGCUGGUGAUCGGGGCAAGCGCCGGAGUGAAAGGAGGAUUCUUCGGGCCGGAGAAGAGCAAGCAGGGGGGCAAGGAGGAAGGGGGGAAGAGUCGGAGCAAAGGAAGGGACAGAGAGGUGUCAGCGAGUGAGAUCAAGGAGCUGGAUAACUUUUUGCAGCGCCUGCUCUUCUUCCCGCAUCUGCUUGAUUACCCCAGUACGGAGGUGUCAGCGAGUGAGAUAAAGGAGCUCAAUAACUUCCUGCAACGCCUGCUCUUCUUCCCGCACCUACUUGACUACCCCAGAACGUUGGCUGGACGGUAUGCAGUGCUGCUGCCGUUCACCAUCUACGAUGAUGCAGCUGAUGCGGCUCUUCGGUCGCUCAAGAGGCAGUUCCUCUUUGACGAGGUGGAGGCAGAGGGCACCCUUGGGCAUCGCUCCAGAUGCAGUGCUGCUGCCGUUCUCCUUUUAUGA